GCUAUUAACACAAAAGGCAGGCAGCCAAAGGUUAUACACACCACGUAGCGCUGGCUCCAUAGAUAAACUGUGUCAGGCUCAACCAAUAGCCGAUAAAUUGACUUUAUCUUCUCCGGGUCUUAUUGACAUUCGCCUCUAUCGCCUGAUAUUGCGUAGACAACGAGCGGGAGGAUCGGUAAAGUUGCUGGAGUGUGUGACUUGGACGUAGUGUCUCUGAUGUAGGCUCGGUUCUGUGUUGGUCCCCUACGGUCCCCAUCUCCACUCCACCGCUGGCCUUGUACCGCUGUCAUUUCUCGUCGCCCGGGAGAGAGGCGCUGGUCGCGGGUAUGGAUGCUGUGUGGAUACUGCCUCUGCUGCUGAUUCUCCCGGUUCUACUCUGGACCAGCAGCACGUUUGUUUUCUAUUUCAAAAAGUGCUUCUAUGUAGCGUACAUGAUGCUGCUGGCCGUUAUCGCCAUACCGAUUUGCAUUCUGAAAAGCGGUGGCAGGGACAUUGAGAAUAUGAGGGUCAUCCGCUUCAUAGUGCGUCAUGUGAAGUACUUCCUGGGUUUGCGCUUUGAAAUCAGCGGUUGGCAGCAUCUACAGGCACAAGGACCGUACGUCAUUAUCUCCAACCACCAAUCGUCACUCGACGUAUUAGGUGUGAUGGAGGUUCUGCCUGACCGCUGUACGAUGGUCGCUAAGAAGGAGCUGAUCUGGGCUGGGACGGUGGGCAUGAUCUGCUGGCUAGGAGGAAUCGUCUUCAUCAACCGCAAAAAGACCAGCGACGCCAAAAAUGUCAUGAGUGAUGCAGCGAAAACCAUGUUGGCGGAUCAGAUCUGCUUGUGGGUGUUUCCCGAAGGCACACGGAAUCAGAAUGGUGACCUUCUGCCCUUUAAAAAGGGAGCGUUUCAUCUGGCUGUACAAGCACAGGUUCCUAUCAUACCCAUUGUGUUCUCCUCCUACAGUAACUUUUAUCUACGAAAAGAGAAAGAGUUCAAAUCAGGAAAAAUCACUCUUAAAAUCCUUCCAAAGAUUGAGACAAAGGGACUGACGACAGAUGAUGUGACAACGCUCUCUGACCAAUCAUAUGCCCUCAUGCGCUCUGCCUUCCUGGAGAUCUCCGGCCAACCCCCCCAGAGCAACGGGCCUUCCAAUCAGUGAACGCUUUUACACCCUUUUCAUUGCCAUGACAACUAGGAUGGCUUGAGACUACAUCGUCGUUGUGGUGACGGUAACCAUGACAACCAGGUGCUUUGGGAUCCUCUCCGAAGUGAAGCAGGAUUACAUGUCCAUACACAGACAAAUACACAAAAAACAUAAGUACAUACAAGCGCAUUCACUUGAGUACAUAAAGCAGAUGUCAUCGUAGCCUAGUUUCGAUCUCCUGUUGGACUCCAGGGGGUACUAAGCGGUGGAAAGUGUUUUUUGGGCAAUGACCUUUGACCUUGUCUGGUGACACUUUUUUUCUGUGUCCUCUUUGAUCACGGCUCGGCUCGAAUUGCUUCGAUUUGAGUGACACCCUGCGAACAUUGCGGAUGUUCGUUCGACAUGCAUGCCUUUUGACUUUGUAUAUUUCUCUCUUUCACAGAUCUACAAGAAGUCGUUGGUUCGUUUUGUGUAGGUCGAUUUUUCCUCUAGAUACUCUGCUUGCAUUAUGGAAAAUCGUUGACAAACGCCUAGGCUUGUUUUAUUUUUUGGGGCUUUACAAGUUUUUUGUUUGUACGGCAGUUGUUAUUGGUUACCCAAGUAUUUUCCAUAACUCAACCAGUGAGAACGCUCAGAGAUGCCUUUUUAAUGUUUUCGAUUACAUUCUUGAUUUAACGGAAAAUUAUUAACCAAAAAUGCUAUUGAAAUCAGAUACUGCAUUUAACAUACACCCCGGAGAAAAGCUUUUUGUGUUGUUACUCAAACAACAAAGGAAAAUACUAAAAUUUAGCACUUCUAUUGUCAUAAGUUAUUUUUUUCUUAAAGAAAUAGUUCGCCCAAAAAUGAAAGUUCUCUCAUCAUUUACUCACCCUCAUGCCAUCCCAGAUAUGUAUGACUUUCUUAUGAAGAACACAAAUGAAAAUUUUUUGAAGAAUAUUUCAGCUCUGUAGGUCCAUUUAGUGCAAGUGAAUGGUGACCAAAACUUUGAAGCUCCAAAAAUCACAUAAAGGCAGCAUAAAAGUAAUCCAUAAGACUCCAGUGGUUAAAUCCAUAAUUUAUGAAGCGAUAUGAUAGGUGUGGGUGAGAAACAGAUCAAUAUCCUUUUAUACUACCAAUCUCCACUUUCACCAUUCUGGUGUGGAAGUGACUUUCACUUUCACAUUCAACUACCUACUGGUUCGGGCUGGUGAGAGCUGGAGUUUGAUAGCAAAAACGUAUUGGUCUGUUUUGUUUUUUUUAUCCACACCUAUCAUAUCACUUCUGAAGAUAUGGAUUUAACCACUGGUCUCAUAUUGAUUACUUCUAUGCUGCCUUUAUGUCCUUUUUGGACCUUUUGAGUUCUGGUCACCAUUCACUUGCAUUGUAAGGACCAACAGAGCUGAGAUAUUCUUCUAAAAAUCUUCAUUUGUGUUGUGCAGAAGAAAGAAAGCCAUACAUGCUAUGAUGGCGAGUAAAUGAUGAGAGAAUGUUCAUUUCUGAGUGAACUGUCCCUUUAAUUCUAUUUGUCCUAAAAGUGUUGAACGGUUAGUUCAUAGCAGUCCAUUAUCACUAUUACUAAGUGCAACUUCUUUCCUGUGUGCCAUGUGUCCAAAGUGUCUCAGCUGUUGGCUGUGUAAUGAUAGACUAUUGUGAAUAACACUAUUGAUUAUUGAUCUGUGAUCAGGAUUGAUUAAUUGAUUGAUUAGUGUUUAGGAUAGGAAUACGUUCAAGUUGGCUUUUGUUUGGCGUAUUGCUCCUUCGUUGUCAUAUUCCAUUUUGUUGUUGUUUUUAUUUUCAGCUUACAACAUUUGAAGUUUGACCGAUGUGAAAUACAUAUUUAAGAAUGGAAAUAUAUCAUGUGAAACUAAAAACUAUUUACAAGAGAGCGAUUUAUUAUUAUAAUGAAUGAUUGAAUAAUUAUUACCUAACACAUUAUUUAGAUUCUAGAAUAUGCCGUUAUCUGACUGACCUACUUUAAAAAAAUACGUCUUGCUUUUAAGAGUUGUUAUUAUUAAAAGUUUAAAAGCAUUUAUUUUUUAAACUCGAAGUCCAAAAAGUUAUGAAAUCUGAAAAUGUAGUCUUUACAAAAUAUGCAAACAAAUAUUUUACAAAUGCACAAUAUUUUCACCAAAUGUUCGCAUCAAAACAGUCUUUUUCUUCGCAAAGGGUACCCCCACCCCCCGAAGAUAGUCAAACACCUGCUUAAAGUUAUCCCUAGAAAGUAUUAUUAUAAUGAAAAAUUGCAAAGUCUCUGUAACUUUUUUGAGAUAUAGAAGCCCAAGUGCUUAAAGCGCUUCCCCUAUACUGUAAGAAGUACCCACAUGAACUUGGUUCAGGUUGAGUUUUCAAUGCCUGCCUGGAAGUGACAUGAACUUCCUAUUGGCAUUAAAGGGAAUAGUUCACCCAAAAAUGAAAAUUCUCUCAUCGUUUACUCACCCUCAUGCCAUCCCAGUUGUUUCUGACUUUCUUUCUUCUGCAGAACACAAACAAAGAUUUUUAGAAGAAUAUCUCAGCUCUGUAGGUCCAUACAAUGCAAGUGAGUGGUGACCAGAACUUUAAAUCUCCAAACUGCACAUUAAGCCAGCAUAAAAUUAAUCCAUAUGACUCCAGUGGUUAAAUCCAUAUCUUCAGAAGAGAUAUGAUAGGUGUAGGUGAGGAACAGAUCAAUAUUUAAGUCCUUUUUUACUAUAAAUUCUCCUCCCUUCCCAGUAGGUGGCGAUAUGCACGAAGAAUGUGAAUUGCCAAAAACAAAAAAGUAAAAAAGGACUUAAUUGUUGACCUGUUUCUCAUCCACACCUAUCAUAUCGCUUCUGAAGAUAUGGAUUUAACCAAUGGAGAUGUAUGGAUUACUUUUAUGCUGCCUUUAUGUACUUUUGGAGCGUAACAAUUUUGGUACCCAUUCAUUUGUAUUGUAUGGACCAAGAGAGCUGAAAUAUUCUUUUAAAAGUCUCCAUUUGUGUUCUGCUGAAGAAAUAAAGUCAUACACAACUUGAACGGCAUGAGGAUGAGUAAAUGAUGAGAGUAUUUUCAUUUUUGGGAGAACUUUCCCUUUAACUACUUACUGUCUAAAAAUGUACAAAAGAUACUGAAGUUUUAGCUUUCAGAGUGACUGCUUUUGUAUGACUGAAUAUAAGAUUCCUUUUGUGUUACCAAAUGAAACACAAAUGAAAUGAGGUUGUUAAUCUAAAAAUGGACCAAUUAUUUAACUCCUAUUUAUUAAAUUAGAAUGGAUCAAAAACUUAUGGCAGUAAAUUAAGUUAAAUGUUAACAAUGACUUUCAAAGACAUUUCUAAUUGUGUUACAUUGUUGAAUCUAAAAGUAUUUUAAUGCUUGAUGUUGUAGUUCUUUUUAUUUGUUAAGAAUGUAUAACAUCCUUAAUUCAAAACGUACAACCUUUAUUUAAGAGGAAUGAAUUGUACAUUUUCUUUUGAACCCUUUUUAUGUUUUGUAAUAGGUCAGAUUUUAUAAGCCUUUUUCCAUGUAAUUUGUGCCCUGCUGACUGAAAAACAAUUGUUGUACACGAAAAUGUGUACGAAAAUAUGCACCCGGUGUUGUGUUAUUUUCACCAAAGCUAUUAAGGAUGCGAAACCGAUGAAGCAUUUACGUGCUGAUUAUACAAUCCCGUUAAACUAACCUUUCAAACAUUUAACGGGCAGCUUUUUGUGUGUGCGUGUGUGUGUGUUUACGAGUGUGGUCUGUUGUGUGUGCUGAAUGUGUUUGUAUGGUGACCAGACACACAAAUGAGCUAAAGCCCAUUGUAAAAUCUGUAAAGUCAUAUAAGAUGAUGAUUAUAUAUAAAAUAGUUAAUUGUGGUAGAAUCUGGAAACGGCCUGUGGAAAGAACAUCUAGGAAAAAAGAGUAAAUAAAACUGUCUGUUUUUCCUAUAGGAGUGUUAAGAUUUGUUUCUGACAUUUUAAGUUAUUUGUUGAUCUCUCUGUGUUUUUCAUUAUUUUUUGUCAAACAAACUUUUACACAUAUGUUCACUUAACUGUCUGAAGGGAGACGUACCAUAGACUUCUAUUGUUUAGACAUUUGUUUGUUAGCUUACAAACUUUAGCUAAGUAUGUACAAACUCAUUUUUACUUGUAAUAAUCAUGCUAUAACUUCCAUUAACUCUUGAAACAUUCAAAAUUUUGUCAUUUUAUUACCAAAAACAAA